AAAAAGGAAAAGAAACGAAAUAAUUUAAACUUCUUAACUCCUUCGAAUCGAUUAGAUUCGAUUUAGGGUUUCUUCAACAAUCUCCCCAGGAAGAAGGACGAUGGUGUGCGAUAAGUGUGAGAAGAAGUUAUCUAAAGUGAUUGUUCCAGAUAAGUGGAAGGAUGGUGCUCGUAAUGUAACUGAAGGUGGUGGCCGUAAGAUCAAUGAGAACAAGCUUCUCUCCAAGAAGAAUAGAUGGACACCUUAUGGCACCUGUACCACGAAGUGCAUGAUCUGCAAGCAGCAAGUGCAUCAAGAUGGUAAAUACUGUCACACAUGUGCUUAUAGCAAAGGAGUGUGCGCAAUGUGCGGGAAGCAAGUGUUGGACACCAAGAUGUAUAAGCAAAGCAAUGUAUAAACAACUCUGCCAACAGUCCCUUUGAUGUCAACUUUGUAUAACUGGGACAAAUUAUCUGUGUUGUUAUCAUCUGACUAAUGUCUACUCGGUACGGGUUUCCGGCUUCCUUCAUUUCUAAUGUAACGAUCUUGUUUGGUUCA